AUGCGUAUUUACGUUUACCAUCCUAAAAUUCCUAAUUAUCCAAAAGUGAAAUUCCCAGGGGUCCUCGUAUACAGUGAAAUAUAUCAAGUUACUGGACCUGUUUCUAGAUUCGCCAAGGAUAUUGCUGGCCAAGGCUUUAUUGUUGCAUGCCCAUCCAGUUAUCAUAAUUUUGUUGGCCCUGAGCCAUUGGCUUACGAUGUUGAAGGUACCGAUAUUGGUAACCAAUACAAGAUUGAAAAAGAGUUGAAGUCAUAUGACGAAGAUACCAAUUUGACAAUAGAGUACUUAUUGAGCUUACCAACUUGCAAUGGUAAAUUGGGUGCUACUGGUAUGUGCCUUGGUGGCCAUUUAGCAUAUAGAGCUGCAUUGGAUCCAAGAGUCCAAGCUACAGUGUGCUUUUUCGCCACUGACAUCCAUUCGAAGUCUUUAGGAAAAGGGAAGAACGACGAUUCAUUGGAGAGAUGUGGUGAAAUUAAAGGUGAAAUCAUUUUAAUUUUUGGUUGCAAAGAUAAUCAUGUCCCAUUGGAAGGCAGAGACUUGAUUAGGGGCGAGUUAAGAAAGAAAAACGUCGAAAUGACCUUUAUUGAAAUUAAUGAUGCUCAACAUGCAUUUGUUAGAGACGAGCUCAGCAAAGGAAGAUAUGACCCAGCAACCACCAAAUUAUGUUUUGAGUGGUUGUUUGAAUUAUUCAAUCGUAAAUUGAAAUUGGAUUAUGGUGACCAUGAUGGUAAAGAUGUAGUUAUUGAAAAUGUAUGCUGA